ACGAAAGCCAAGCUGGACUGGGUGAACAAAAUCGCAGCAGAGGAUCCAGACUUGUGGGAGCGAGAGCUGUACGCCAGUAUCGACAAUGAGCAGGUGUUCAAAGUCAGCAUUGAAAUCCUGAACGAGCGCUUAAACCAAACUGGAGGCGUUCACAUGAUCCAGCGGAUGGAGGGCUGUGAAUGGGAUGACGAGACUGGUGAGGUGGAUGGUUGGGAUCAGUUCAGCUAUGAUGGAGAAGACUUCAUCUCAUUGGAGUGGAAAACGAUGAGAUGGAUCGCAGCCAAUCCACAAGCGUUCAUCACAAAGAACAAGUGGGAACGAUUGGACGGCUUCAAAGAAUACAAGAAGAGAUACGUCACAGAGAUUUGCUCUGCUGACUUGAAGACGUACGUGAGCAAUGGGCGGGACUACCUGAUGAGAACAGAGCUUCCGACGGUGUCUCUCCUCCAGAAGACGCCUUCCUCUCCGGUCACCUGCUUCGCGACGGGUUUCUACCCCCUCACAUCGGAUCUUUUCUGGAGGAAGGACGGCGAGCAGCUGUACGAGGACGUGGAGAUGGACCAGACGCUCCCCAACCACGACGGAACCUUCCAGACCGCGGUCCACCUGAAAGUGGAGGCGGCGCCCGACGCGGAGGCCAAGUACGAAUGUGUGUUCCGGCUGGCCGGCGUCGAGGAAGCCAUCGUCGUUAAGUUGGACGGCAAAAACAUCCUGAGCAACGUGCGCGACGCAGAAGAAGAACAAGUCAAGAUGGUGGUGGCCAUCGCUGUCACGUUGGGGGUCCUGGCUCUGCUGGCGGCGGGGGUGGCGGCCUUUCCUAGGUUCCUUGCCAAGCGUCGCCGGAACAGACAAGCCCGAUACUCUGCAGCAGUUCUGCAGAGUAUCGGUUCUUUCAGCAACCUGUUCUUUGUGACACAUUUCACUACCUUGGAGGAGCUCAUUAACCUGGCCCUCGUACUGGACAACCGCAUGCGAGAACGAGAGCGGGAACGGGGUCAUGUCAGGUUCCAGCCCCCACUGCUACCCAUGAGUUCUUCCGGCCGUCCGGACCAGAGCAUCACCCUGGUGCCAGGGCUGUCGCCGCUGAGGGAGAGCCUAUGCAGCUGGGAGGAGGACGUGUGGGGCCAGAGGAGAGACGGCGACGGAUUCGUGACCAGGCCUGUUUCUACUGCGGACAACAAGGACAUCGAGUCGCUGACUGUCUGA